GGUAGCCUAGGCAACCGCCGGUAAACAAGAUGGCGGUGCCUGUCUGAAACCUCCGGAGGGGUCGGAAUUAAAACUGUCUUCAAGAAAAAAAAUGUCAUCUCCUUUCUCUUCUCUCAGCAAGAUUCGUAGAAUGCCACUUCAGUUGCAGCCAACAGAGAAAAAGGCAGUACCACUCCAGACAAAUAUCCAGAAUGAAGAUGAAGCUGCUAUGAUGGAUGAAAUUCUAGGGCCAGGAGCUCAAAUUCCAGUACAAAUUAAUUUGCCUUCUUGCUCAAAUGGAGCUACAGCACAAUCAUCUAUGCUUGGAAAUGCUCCGACUGAUAUGGAGUUGAUGACUUCUAUGAUGCAGAAGAUUGCUUCUUUGGAGCAGAAAGUCAAGAGCCAAGCACAAGCCAUCCAAGAGAAGAAUAAGAAGAUCAGAGAACUUGAGGAGCAGAUCAAAACCCUUCAGAAGAGAACAGAAAAAACUUCACCAGGGACAAGCCGAGUUGAGGAACUGGAAAUGUUAUGCCUUCAGCUGCAACGUCAGGUUUGGGAAAUGGAGCGGUUUCUGAAUGACUAUGGAUUGAUCUGGGUUGGAGAAGACCCAGAUUCUUUGAUGGAUCUGGAGUCCCUAGAGGAAGAAGAGAGUCCAACAUCAAGGACUUUCUGGAAACCAGGUGAAGCCAUCAUGUCUGAAACCCCAAUCGAUUUUGAUCUGAUUUUAAAGAAUCUGAAAGAGUUGAGUGUGCUGGCUGGAGAAGGUAUAUCCCAAAUCAAACACACUGCAGGUGGGGCUCGGUUGAAGCGCUUGGAUUCAGUUCCGAUCACCUUCUAUCAGAACGGGAUUGUCAUGUUCAAGGGACCUUUCCGCUCAUAUGAAGAUCCUUCCACACAGCGUUGCCUGCAAGAUAUACUGGAUGGCUUUUUCCCUUCUGAGCUGCAAAGGCGUUACCCCAGUGGUGUCCCAUUUCAGGUCACCGACAAGAGAGAUGUCUUCUUUCGGGAAAGGAAGCUGCCAGGGUAUUUUCCUGGCUUUGGCCAGGCUGUUGGGCGUUCCAAACCAAGUGGCAUAAAGGAGACAAGUGAAAUCUCAGGUCCUAAACUCACCAUGGAACAAUUUUUGAACAAACUUCCGAAGUCAUUGGUUCGAGAUGGGCAAGUAAUAGAUAUCCGGGAAGAUCUUAAAAAGACCCUUCAGGGCCUGGAUGGAGCACAAAGCCAUGAAGUGGUUUUGGUGGAGACGCCCAGCCUUACAGCACUGAGGAAGAGACUGGAAGGCAAGCAGAAAACAGAAGGGCCUGGCACCAACAUUUCCACUCUUCGGAUAAAAUCAGAGGACGGAGAGAAGACAUACAUUGUCAAAAUGUCAUUCACAGAGACUAUUGGACACUUGCGCCAACACCUUGCUCAGAACAGGGGUGAAGCAGUGGAGCCUUACGAGAUCCUCAGCACGUUUCCCCUUCGGGUGUAUAACAACGAAGCUGUGAGCCUUGAGGAAUGUGGGCUGGUCCCCAACGCAUUCCUUCUUCUGAGGAAAAAACUCCCUCCCGCCAAAGCAGGAGAGGAAUAACUGCAAUGGUUCCCAGUAGACUUGGCUGCCGUCCAGCUAGGACGUUGUGUGCCUUCUUCUGCUUCUCCAAGGUAGCUGCUCGGAUACGGGCCAAAGAUCUAACUGUGUAAGAGCAGCUCCAGGAUGGAAACAAGUAAUACUUGUGGUUCCAGCCACACAGGUUAGAACUAGCCACUGUAUUCCCUCCCACUCCCGUCCCCCAAGUAAACAAGCCAGGGCAAACUAAAUGAAUGUUGGAUGGCUUAGAUAUUGGCAACAUUACACUAAGUGGACUUCAACUCCCAGAAUUCCCCAGCCAGCCACAGAGCUUUAUGCAACACUUUAUUUCCUACCCUAACGGAGGUAAAGACUUUAGCCUUACGUGUCUCAUUCUACCCAACCCGAAAGGAACUAAAAUAAAUUAGCUUUUAUUACCAUUCGUUUAGGAACGUCAGACUAUUUCGGCAAGAAAAACGGUGGAGUAGUCAAUGCCAGCUGGCAACUUCUUGAGCAUUGUAAAGCUUUUGUAAAACACAAUACCCAUUUGGGGCCUGCUACUCCCCCCCCCCAGCAAGAUAUAGCACCAUUUCCUUUGUACUCCAACUUUGUAAAUCAUAAGCAGGAAAGGUGGACAUUUCUGGAUCAUCAAAGGAGACGGGGCAGGAGAGAGAGAGAGAGCUUUCUCUCUGUGAGCAGAUUUAAUGUAUGGAGCAGACAAGUACCCAAAGCAAAGGAGGACCAGAGUGGUCCAGCUAUCUUUUUCUGGAAGAGCUGUGGCUGCAAGGGCUAACUGUGAGCUUUCCUCAGUUGUGUCUCUCUGGAUGUCACAAAUUCAGCUCCCAGCUGCCCUCUACUCCAUUAUCUUUUGGUUCUUCCCGCUGGGAGAUUAUGAGAAGUCAGCAUUCUGAAUAGGAGUUGAGUGGGAGUGACCGAGUGCAAUAAUGCAUCCAGUUCCAGCCAACUUCCUUCUCAUUGUUUGUCUUCUUUCAGCAGAAAGUGCUUUAUUAUGACUUACCUAAGCCUUUUAUUACUCAUUGUGGCUAUUAUGUAACACGAAGUACCCAGAGUUUGUUAAUUUAUGUUCUAAAGUAAGCUUAUUUCUUACUGUUGUCACUAGUUUUGUACCCACUGAGUCCCAUUUUUUGAACGGGUUAAUUUACCUGUCCCUUUGUCUUGUCUGUUUGGAUAAAGACUUGAAGUAUUAAGCAAA